AUGGCAGAUCUUCCUCUCUUAAAUUUGAUUGGUGAUAAACCUCUUUUGAUGAAAAAGGAGGUUAGGAUUCCAUCAAUGCCGAAAACAGAAAGAAUUUUCAGAAAACCUCGAAAACAAAAAGAUAAAUCAAAUAUUCCUGAACCUGUAAAGCGCAGAAGAUACUCUUUCUCACAUUUACACAUCGUAGAAGAGAAAAUAACAAAUCAAAGAAGAAAAUCAAUUGGAAGUUUUUCGACAUUUUUUAGUUAUCUCCCUAAACCUGUCGAUAAUAGUACAACUCUUGCAACUAAAAGUGCAGAAACAUUCUUAUAUGAAAGUUUAUACCGUUUAAUCAUGCAACAUAUGCCUUUCGUUCGUCAAAUUUCUGAUUUUAUUUUCAGUCAGCUUAUUGGUAAAGGAGGAUUCGGUCAAGUAUGGCUUGCGAACGAUCUUAAGACAGGAAAACUUGUUGCAAUCAAAGAACUUUUCGCAGAAAAACUUGUCGGCAAAAAUCUUGUUAAUUUCGUUCGAGAAGUUGUUACAAUGGCAAAAUCUCAUAAUAGAUUUAUCCUACCAUUCGUUGGAUUUACCGUUGAUAAGCCUUACUCUAUUAUUACAGAAUAUAUGCCAAAUAGUGCUUUGAACAUUCAUCUUUUCAAAGAACUCAACUCCAAAGUUCCAGUAUUUUCAGGAACUCAUCUUACGAUGAUUGCAAUAGGAAUUAUUCAUGCAAUUCGUCAUCUUCACUCAAUUAAAAUUGUUCAUCGCGAUAUCAAGGCUGCAAACAUUCUUCUCGACCACCACUUCUUACCAAAGCUUUGCGACUUCGGUAUCUCGAGAAUUUGCAAACCAAGAAAAUUUAUGUCAGAUCAUGUCGGAACUCCUGCUUAUAUGGCUCCAGAAAUAUUAAAUACGAAUAACUACGAUUUCAAAGUCGAUAUUUAUUCAUACGGAAUGCUUCUUUUCCACAUGAUUGAGAAACGUAUUCCAUUUUCCAAAGUAGAUGUGAAUACUAUCUUCAACGACACAUCUAAAGGAAAAAGGCCAACAUUAACACGUAAGAAUUCCCAAUCAAUCAUUGAUUUGAUGAAUUUAUGUUGGAGCCAAAAUCCAAACGGCAGACCUUCUGCUGUUAAGAUAUACCAGAUGUUUGCAAGCGGACAAGUCGCUUUUGAAGGUACAGAUCCCGAAGUUAUCUCGAAAUUUACGACAAUGCUCGAUAACGAACAAGAAGCUAAAAAGAAGGCCGGAAAGACGAACGUUAACUUCCUUAUUACUAAGACUGAGCGUCAAAUUAUCAUGAAUCUUGAAAACAAACUUCGAUCAUCGAUAAAGAAAGAUCAGAUGAAAUUAACGCUCGGAUUUCCAAUCGAUGAAUUCCACUUUGAACAGGAUUUGGUUCUCUCCAGGAAUGAAGCCGAAAAACAGCCUACACAAGAAGAAUUGGACAAAGAAUUUCAGGAAAUCAAGGCAGAAAUACCACAAAUCGAUCAGAAAGUUCAACUUAGAGAUGUUAUCAAGAACUACAGAGAUCCAAACUUCAAAUCCACCGUUACAGAAAUAUUUAAUUCGAUUUCACCGGAAAAAUUCGAACCUGUCUACGUAGAACUUGCCAAAAUCAUCUCAGAAUGCAAUGAUGAGGAUAUAAUUAUCUUUAUUCUUGCAGGAUUCAACAAAUUGAUCCAAAGAAAUUCCAAAUUCAUCAAAACACUGAACAGAUACCACUUUUACUCCCUUAUCCCUGUUACUUCCGAUGAACUCAAGAAAUCUUCGCUCUAUUUGAUCGGAACAGUCUUCAGAGUUGAUCCAAGCGCUGUUGGCUCGACAAUGUUCAGAGCUUUAGGUACAUUGUUGAGAUCUAUGCCAAGACCAACACUUUACCUAUUCGCUUCCUUUAUUCCUAACUAUAGUAAGUGUAGUAAUCCAGAUCCAGUUUUGGAUUUCCUUCUUAACUACGCAAGAGAGUAUAUUAAUACUCAGAACGGAACACUAUUCCUCAAGAUAACUUACAUGCUCUCCCAAAUUGAGACUUUUUACAAAUACAGAAGAGAUGAAAUUUUGACAAUCAUUUCUGCUUACACUAGAUCACAAAUCCCUGUUACAUGUAAGAAGGCAUUUGUUGCUUACUAUCAUUUGAGGAAGAAUGAUGAUCCAAUUCCGUUUGAUGCGAUCAUAACAAGAUUAAAGUCGAAUGAUUGCAUAAAAGAAUGCAUCCAAUUGCUUUCUACAUGCAACAAUCCACCACAAAGUCGGUUGUUGUAUAAAACAAUUGGAGAUAAAUGCAAUAAUCCGGAUAUGGCGCUUGUUGUACUUAAAUAUGCAACAUUGAGUAAAGAAAACAAGUCAUUGAUUGCAAAGAUCACGAAAUGGAUGAAUUUCGCUAAUAGUUCAACUCUCAAAUUGUUCUUGUAUUUAUUCUCUCAUUAUAAUUUGAGAUACUACCUUUUGCAUGCAAGAUUGUUCCCUACAUUCCUUACCAAAUGCAUGACAAUGCUUCUUGAAGAAUCAUCCGCUUGUUUAGGACCAGUUUUACGUCGUGCAAAUUUGAAUCAGGAAUUUAUCAACAAUUUAGCGGAUUCUCUCUUCUUCGAUGCACUCUGCAACGCAUUAAAGAGCGCAUACCAAGCAAAGAACUCUAAAACAAUUAAAGGAGUUUUAUUAAUUUUGGAUACAUGCGCUCAAGCAGGAUAUGCACCACAAUUCAAUUUGUUCUUGGAUAUGAUGGCGCUUUUCCUCAAGACUAGCUCGGAAUUGACAAAGCCUGCUGCUUUAAUUUUUGUGACUUUGUCAUCUCAUAAAAAGAUGGCCGGACAUUUCAAGAAAUCACCUCCCCUUGUGAAAUAUUUCGAAGUUCUGCUUAAGAAUGAUUCAAUGAGCAAACCAGCUUCGAUUUUCCUUUCUAAUGUUAAGAAUUCUUAA